AUGGACCUGGCCAAAUUUGUGGAAGAUUGUGGAAAGACUUUGGAAUUUCGGGCUAGAAGAGUCAUUGAGCUUCAAAAGUUCUGGGAUGUUAUGAAGGAGUUUGAAAGGUAUAAGAUGGAAUCUCAGUGUGACUUUGGUUGGCAUUUCCGUGAUGGGCAGGACAUCCAGCCCCAGAGAGACCUCACAGGCUUCCUCAAAUGGCCCCGCUACAUCAGGCUGCAGCAGCAGAGGGCCAUCCUCUAUAAGCAGCUCAAAGUUCCUCCUGCCAUUAACCAGUUCACCCAGGCCCUGGACCGGCAAACAGCUACCCAGUUGCUUAAACUUGCCCACAAGUACAGGCCAGAGACAACGCAGGAGAAGAAGCAAAAGCUGCUGGCCCGUGCUGAGAAGAAAGCCUCUGGAAAAGGGGAUGUCCCAACUAAGAGACCACCUGGCGUCAAUACAGUCACCACUUUGGUAGAGAACAAGAAGGCUCAGCUGGUGGUGAUUGCCCAAGACGUAGACCCUAUUGAGCUGGUGGUCUUCCUGCCUGCCCUGUGUCAGAAGAUGGGGGUCCGUUACUGCAUCAUUAAGGGAAAGGUUAACUCGGAAGACAAGGGUGCUCUGGACAAGCUGGUGGAUGCUAUUAGGACCAGUUACGACAGAUAUGAUGAGAUUCGCCGCCACUGGGGAGGCAACGUCCUGGAUCAUAAAUCUGUGGCUCGAAUUGCCAAGCUGGAAAAGGCAAAGGCCAAAGAACUCACCACUAAAGUGGGUUAA